GGUAUUGCAUAUGGCGCUGAUUUUGCAGCAAUUGGAGUUAUAACUGUUCGCUGGGCAUCUCUGAAGCAAAGCGGCGUGUUCAUCGCCGGUAUUGCAUAUGGCGCUGAUUUUGCGGCAAUUGGAGUUAUAACUGUUCGUUGGGCAUCUCUGAAGCAAAGCGGCGUGUUCAUUGCCGUGCUUACAAGCUUUAACAGCCUCUCGGCGCUUAUCACAAAUCCUGUUUCCGGUUUGCUUUGCGAAUCGUCGUUCGGCUGGCCAGCCGUCUAUUACGUGCAUGCAGCAUUUGGUGCAUUUAUAUUUAUCAUCUGGUUGUGUUUCUAUAGGGAUGAUCCAGAACUACACAAAAACGUUUCAGGUGAUAUUUUAAUUUUCAAGGUAAAAAAUCUUGCAGUUUUUCUCGAAUUUCGAGUUGAAUUUUAG